AAAAGACAGAGUUCAACUCCUCGCCGUCGCAGAGUGCUGCUGGGAGGCUGGUUCGGUUGCGUGCGAAGAGGGAAAAGGAGGGAAAUAAAACAAGAAACAAGAAACAGAAAAGGGAGCGAACCCGCAGCUACUUAAAACAAUUCUAAGAGGAGCGGAGCAAGAGCGGCGUUGGAGACGGCGGGAAGCAGGGGCAGGCUGCGCGCUCCCGAGGCCCGGCGAAGAGGAAGGAUGAUAAACGUGGUGCUCCUGUGGCUGGUGGCCCUUUGCUUCCAGGCUGCUGUCCCGCAAACUACAAAUCUGAACCUUCCCCCUGAAGACCUUGAUUCAUCUGGUGAUGAGGAAGAUGCAUUCUCAGGUUCAGGUGCAGGUCCCCUGACUGAUCAGUCUCGCACCUGGAAAAUCCCAGGAGAAUCAACUAAUUCCUCAAUAGUGGCAGCAUCAGUGGAUUUCAGUGAACAGCCAUUUCAUGGGAUUGAGAGCAGAACUGAAAAGGAAGCAGUGUCUCCUUCUGCAACCAGUAAUCCAGUGACAGAGAAACCAGUUGUAGCUGUGAGGGACGAAUUAUCCAUCCUGGGCUCACCUGAUGGGAAACCAACAAGCCAUGUAGUCACAACAACAGUGAGAAGUCCCACUGCUCACUUUCCUUCCGUGGUUCAUGUGACUCCUUCAGAAGCCCCUGCUGUGGUCCAUGAGCUUGAGCCUCAAAUCCCCAGCUCUGAUGUGCCAGACACCAAGGAUGUCCCUGAGCCCCACUCUACUGUCCAUGGUGAGGGCGAGGUGGCUGCCACUGCUGCGGCCACAGCUCCGGGGGAUGUCGCUCCUACACAUGAGGAGGUUUCUGAAGUUGGCUCUGGAGACCCGGGAGACUUCAUCUUGACUAAAGACGAGGAAUUUCUCCCCACCCAGAACUCAGAAGUACUGGCUGACUCUGAGAGGAAUGCCAAAGCAGCAGGAGCCUCAGGGAUUAUGGACAGAAAAGAAGUUCUUGGAGGUGUUAUUGCUGGAGGACUUGUAGGCUUGGUGUUUGCAGUGUUUCUAGUUGCAUUUAUGCUGUACAGAAUGAAGAAAAAAGAUGAAGGCAGCUAUUCACUGGAUGAACCAAAACAGUCUAAUGGAGGAUACCAAAAACCACACAAACAAGAGGAAUUCUAUGCAUAAACACUGAUCUUCAGGACACUUCUUAUUCCAUCUUUCUUGGACUCUUCUCUCCCUGCACGUGGACCUCCUAGUGUGCUUUGCAUUAAACUUAAGCCAUAUGAUCAUUGGGUUAUUUGCCCUUAACCACUUUGCCAUUGGAAAUUUUUAAACUACAAAGUAGAUCUGGAUUCAUUGAACAUUCCCUGCUUUCUUGCA